CGGCCUUCCCCAGCCACGUCUGGGGUCUCGCGUCCCUGUCUGUCGAUGGGCUCGGCGGGCGCCCGGGGGCGCGCCACGUGGGUGCUGGCCGGGGGCCUCCUGGCUGCCGCCCUGGCGCUGCCUGCGGGGUCCGGGGACCGAGGCCGGCUCCCGGCGGACCCGGGGCCCCUCCGGCGCCCCCUCGGUGCCCAGCCUCCCCAGGAUCCCCGCUCCGCUCCCGGGGUGGGGCCCGAGCAGACCGCGGAGGACUUGCCCCAUGGGAUUUGGCCCAGUGUGGAAAGCUCUCACUUUCUGACUGCAGCAGAAGCACCAUUUAGAAUGAAAUUCAGUAAGAAAACUGAAGCCUUUAACCCACCCCCGACUUCUGCAGCCUCUAGUGGGCCAUGGAUUCAUUCCAUAUUUGCUUUUAUACCCUCGUGGCCCAAGAAGACCUUGUUUAAAAGAGAGUCUGCUGUAACACACCACUUGUAUGGAGACAUUUCAAGAGACAUUCAAGGAACUUCUGAGAAUGGAGUAAUUUUUCAGAAAUGUGCAGUGGUGUCCGUGCAGAGCGAGUGGCCGACAGCUCAUGUGCGACUGUCUGUGAACAACACCAGGACGCCCGCGGCUGCCAACCUCUCUGACCUGCUCUUACUGGACAACAUCACCGGCCUCACCGUUAGGGAGUCGGCUGGAAACCAGACCUCCAGAGGGUUCCAGGCUUUCAGGAAGAAGUUUCUGCAAGUUGGAGACUCCUUCUCCGUCAGCUACACAGCAUCGCUCGAGGCCAGAGACGUUGGGAGUGGAGAGGUCCUGAUGCUUCCUGCCCAGCUCUCCUUCCAGAGUUCAUCACCGAACAGAGCCCAGCUAAAAGCCCUUUUCACCAUAACAACAGAAGAAAAGAUAACGGUUCUACCAAACCACGGCCUCCACGCAGCAGGGUUCUUCAUGGCCUUCAUCCUCUCCCUGGUGCUGACCUGGGCUGUGCUUUUCUUCAUGGUUCGAUAUCAGUGUCUGAAGGGAAGCAUGCUUACCAGACAUCAGGUUCAGCAUCACGAGAGCAAGCUGGAGCGCUCCCAGUUCACCUCAGCUGAUGGUAUGAAUGAAGAUCUCACUCUAAAUGACCAAAUGAUAGACAUUCUGUCUUCAGAGGACCCCGGGAGCAUGCUUCAAGCCUUAGAAGAGCUGGAAAUUGCAACCCUGAAUCGGGCAGACUCAGAUCUGGAAGCUUGUCGAACCCAAAUCAGCAAAGAUAUCAUUGCUCUUCUACUGAAAAAUCUGACCAGCAGUGGCCAUCUCUCCCCUCAGGUAGAGAGGAGGAUGGGUGCUGUUUUCAAACAGCAGUUUCUGUUGCUGGAGAAAGAAAUUCAAGACGAGUAUGAUCGGAAGAUGGUGGCCUUGACAGCUGAGUGUGACCUAGAAACAAAAAAGAAGACAGAAAGCCAGUACCAGAGGGAGAUGGCAGCAAUGGAGGAAGCAGAAGAGGUGCUGAAACGUGUUAGUGAGAGGUCCGCUAUCGAAUGCAGCAGCCUCCUGCGGACCCUCCAUGGCCUAGAACAGGAGCACCUGAGGAGGUCCCUUGCUCUGCAGCAGGAGGAAGAUUUUGCCAAGGCCCACAGGCAGCUGGCCAUUUUCCAGAGGAAUGAACUGCACAGUAUCUUUUUUACCCAGAUAAAAAGUGCUAUUUUCAAAGGGGAACUGAAGCCAGAGGCAGCGAAAAUGCUGCUGCAAGAUUACUCUAAAAUACAGGACAAUGUAGAAGAACUAAUGGACUUUUUCCAGGCUAGUAAGAGAUACCAUCUCAGUAAAAGAUUUGGCCACAGGGAGUAUCUGGUCCAGAACAUACAGUCAUCAGAGACCCGUGUGCAGGGCCUGCUUAGCACUGCUUCUGCUCAGCUGACCCUCCUUAUCCAGAAACACGAGAGAGCAGGCUACUUGGAUGAAGAUCAGAUGCGGGUGCUCUUGGAGCGGGCUCAGACAGAAGUCUUUUCUAUAAAACAGAAGUUGGACAAUGACUUAAAGCAGGAAAAGAAAAAACUCCACCAAAAAUUAAUAAUUAAGAGAAGACGAGAGAUGCUGCAAAAGCACAAGGAGCAGCGGAGGGAGCGGCUGUCCAUCGCUGAAGCCUUCGGGGCGGCUGAGGAUGCUCGCCAGUACAUGGGCCAGUGGCGGAGCCUGGUGGCCGAGCACAGCGCCACCCUGGAGGAGCUGCAGGAGCGCCUGGACCAGGCUGCCCUGGACGAGCUCAGGGCCCUGACCCUCUCACUGUCUGAGAAAGCCACAGAGCAGCUGCGGCGGCUGCAGAACUCGGUGAUGACCCAGGAGCUGCUCAAGCGCGGGGUCCCCUGGCUCUUCCUGCAGCAGAUCCUGGAGGAGCACAGCAGGGACCUGGCCGCCCGGGCCGAGCGGCUCGAGGGCGAGGAGAGGGACAGAGGCCAGGAGGGCAUUCAGAGCGUGAGGCAGAGACUGAAGGACGAUGCUCUGGAGGCCUCCACGGAGGAGCAGGCGGAGCUGAGACACUGGGAGCACUUGAUCUUCACAAAGCUCUGGUCCUCUGCCUUCUCCCUGUCCGAAGAGGAGCUGCUCGGGAUGAGGCAGGAAGUUCACGGCUGCUUCGCUCAGAUGGACAGGAGCUUGGCCCUUCCCAAAAUCCGGGCCCGAGUCCUGCUGCAGCAAUUUCAAACCGCAUGGCGAGAAGCAGAGUUCCUGAAAUUGGACCAGGCGCUGGCCGCCCCUGAGCUUCAGCCACAGUCCAAGGCAAGGAAGCCACGCUCCAAGAGCAAAAGCAAGACAGACCUUUUGAAGAAGUGCACUGAAGAUAAAAUUCAGCUCUUUGAGGAACAGGCCCCCGAAGACCUGGUUGAAAAGGUCCGAGGAGAGUUGCUUCGCGAGAGGAUACAGCAGCUGGAGGCCCAGGAGGGACGCUUUGCCGAGUCCCUCGUCUCCCUGCAGUUCCAGAAGGCGGCCAGGAUGGCCAAGACCCUGUGGGCGUACACUGCCCUCCUGACCAUCCAGGACCUGCUCCUGGAGGAGCUGAGCGCGUCAGAGACCCUGACCAAGGCAGCCUGCACGCAGAUCCUGGAGUCGCACAGCCCGGAGCUCCAGGAGCUGGAGAGGAAGCUGGAGGACCAGCUGGCACACCAAGAGGCGGCCCAGCUGCAGCGGGCCCUGGAGAGUCGGCAGCAGUGGGCAGGUGAGGGGCCUGGGCUUCUGCACGAGCCGGAGGAGGAGACAGAUUCUGAAAGGCAGGUUUCGGCUGUCCUGCGACGGGCCCUGAGCAAGGGUCAGAAGUUACUGGAGCGUCACCAGCAGAGGGUAACAUACUCACAAGGUGGGGUCAAGCAGACAAUAAUCCAGAAGGCUUCACAGCUGCAUUCCGCACCACCAAGGGGCCAUUGGGACAAUUUGAUAGUUAACCUAAGUUUGAGAGAGGAGCAAGAGAACAGUGUCAUGCUUGAAGAUUUGCUGGAGAAUAUGGAGACGGACACCUUUGUGACCCUGUACAGCCAGGAGCUGAGACUGGCGUCCUACCUGUCGAAGCUGGCGAUGCUGCCAGGGAGCACGCUGCGUUGGCUCCUGAGCGUGGCUGCGCCUGCAGCCUUGCAGCCCGAGCUGCUCUCCGUGCUGGAUCCCGCGGGCCAGAGGCAUCAGGACCACACGGCGGAGAGUGACGGCAGCGGGGUGCAGGCUGACCUGGGCAGGAGGGGGAAACAUCAGGGCUGGUGGCAAGCCUUUGAGAGCAAACUUCGAGGAGAACUGAUAAGCAGAGGAUUAGAAAAGAUGCUCUGGGCUCACAAGAGGAAGGAGAGCUUAUUAAAGAAGACGUGUCCCCCUCUCAGAGAGAGGGUGAUAUUCUCUGGAAAAGGCAGUUGGCCACACCUGUCACUGGAGUCCGUUGGUGAACUGGCCCCGGUGCCCAUUGUAGGGGCAGAAACCAUUGAUUUAUUAAACACUGGUGAAAAGCUCUUUAUCUUCAGAAAUCCAAAGGAGCCGGAGAUCUCACUGCACCUUCCUCCCAGGAAAAAGAAGAAGAACUUUCUGAAUGCCAAAAAGGCCACUUGGGCCUUGGGCAUGAACUAGCCCAAAGGAAAGCUCCAGGGAGUCUGAAGACAGAAAGAUUUGUUUUCUCUUGCCCACAUGAGUGUGUGUAUGCGUUUAUAAUGUACAACUUGCAGGUGUUAAUUGCACUUGCAGAGGACAGAUACAUCCACUCUCCCUCCCUCACCACGACUUUCAUGGACUCAGUUUAAUCUGGUCCCAUGAAUUCCCAGAUGGCCCAUUUCCCUUCAGCAUCGCAAAGGACAUGAAGAGACGGGGGACCAGCCCGUGAACCCUCGUUGCUUUCAGUCCCACCUUGCUGAAGGUCUAGAGGAGCCCCGGGCCCCUAAUUCACAUCCCCGCAACACCUGGCUGAAGAGUGGGCUGUAUGUUGAAGGCAAGGCUCUCUCUUCUCUCACAUUGUGUGUUUGUUACAUAUGCUAUUUUUAUCAAGGGAGCUUUUGAAAGAAGAGCAUUUUCCCUAAAGCUCUUCUCAAGGGAACUCGUCUUUGCUUUCUGUAGGAACCAUUUAUUUUUAAUCCCUUCUUGGGUUUUGGCCAUCGUGACGUUCAAUGGAAAUUUGCCCUCCAUCUUUCCAGGGGCCAGAUGCGCCAGCCACUGGGCGAUACCAUAUCCAACUCAAAUCAGGAAACUCAGGCUUAAGAAGGUGAGGGGAUUUAGGCAAGAUGAUAAAGCCACUAAGUAACAAAGUCAGGACUCACUGAACUCUUUACGGCCCCAAACCCUUGUCCCUUCUCCUGGACUUGGUAAAUGGAUACAUACCUGCCCUCAGGUGUUUGCCAGCAAACUGACUGCGCACAGGUCCUCGUGUUGCACAAAGUGCUUUCCUGUGCCCUGACCCUCUCCAUCCUCACAGUGUGGUUGGAUCAUUAUAUGAGCUUUUCUGAGAACCAGGCAAAGAGUACAAUUAUAAUGGGUCUUUCCUAAGCGUGGGAAAUGAUUAGGCAGGGAAUCCUGUCACCAACGAGAAGAAAAGGGAUUCUGAUGAAGCAUCUCUUACAUGAGAGUUGCUUCUAGACCCUUACAGCUACUUGAACCCACUUUUUUUUUUUAUAUAUACAGCAGGUUCUUAUUAGUUAUCUAUUUUAUACAUAUUAGUGUACAUACGUCAAUCCCAAUCUCCCAAUUCAU